CUUUCGAUGCUCUUAUUAUCGCCUUGGGCAUGAUCGACUUGCAUUGCAAAAAGCUAAAGUUCAAAAAAAAAAUUUAUAUUUUGACCGAUGGAGAGUCACCGAUAAAUAGUUCUGAUCUUGAUGCAGUUUUACAUCAGAUAAAUGAAUCAAAUGUUGAAUUAAAUAUAUUGGGUAUUGGUUUUGAUGAUCCUGAAGCAGGGUUUUUUGAAGAAAAUAAGUCAGAAGUGAAG